ACAUGCAGCCGAGGGUAAAAGGAAAAAUCAGGGCGGUGCUGACCGAACGAUCAAACUCAGUCCACACGGAGAGCUCGGCUUGGCUGGAGGCUUGGCAGAGUUGCUGGUCAGCGAUCAUUGAUCCACGAGAGCUGUCAAACGUCGGACUACGUCCUUGGCGUGACGUCGUCGAUGUGCCUCGCGCGCGUCAUCUUUCGAAACUACCUGCUGGAUUCGAGCGAAUUCCGGAGUCCCGUUCGCGGAGGAUCAUGCGCGAGUCAUUGGUGAAGCAGUGAAUUACGUCGGUGCUUUCGAUCUGUUGCGAAGCAAGCUCUUGUUUCGAGUCGAGAUACAUUGGAACAUUGGAACAUUGUUGUUGCGGAUACAAGAGCAGUGACAGUCGACACGGACCGUGUCCGAUCGACAAUCCGAGAAUGACAGUGAUAAGGAUGACCUCGCCGGUGACGCCAGCAUCGACCAGCCCGGACUCGCCAGACGAAGCACAGGCGCUGCAGGCAACCUCCAAACAGGCUCAUCGAUUAAGCUUCUCCGUCGCGGCUCUGCUCGCGGACACCAGGAAGACGUCGGAGUCCUCGCCGAGGCAGGACGCGCUGCUAACAUCGGCCAGGUCGUCGCCGGUUGUCUCGUACUCGCAGGAAGCGCGUAUCACCGUGAGUUCGUCGUUACAGAAGUAUCCCUGCGACUUGAAAACAACGAGAUAUCUUUCGUCGUCGCCGAACCUGCAUCAGGAAAUCCGACUGCUACAUUGCGUCUCUCCUCACAACGCUUCGGACUCCAGAACGCCACCGAGGUAUCCGGAAGCGAUCGAUUUCGCUUGCAGCAUCGAGUCGCCGGGCAGACGAUCGAGCUGCGGAAGCGUGGACUAUCGCGUGCAUUCGUCCGCCGACAGUAGAAUCACACCGGAACCGGCGGUAGGCUGCUCCACGUCGCCGAAGAUCAUCGGUGGCCAUCAGGACGCCGGUUCGCAAUCGCCUAGAAGUAGCUCGCACGAGACGCGCUCGCGAUGUUCGGAAACGGACGACGUCGAGGAAGACGACGAGAGCAGACUGGUGGACGUCGAGGAUCUUCAGCAUCACGCGUCCAGUCCGACGCCGGUCAGGCCGACCCCGGCUUACCUCGGCGGUUUCUCUACCCUUGGAGGCAUCCCUGGGAUACCGCCUAGCCUUCACCCCGCAGUCUGGGGCGGCGGGCAUCAGAACGCGGCCGCAGCUGCCGCGGCCGCUGCAGCCGCCGCGGCCACCGCUACAUUUUUCCCUUCUCACUUCCCUCAUCACGCCCCUCUGAAUGAGAACGGCGAGCCGGCCAAGAUUAAGUGCAACCUGAGGAAGCACAAGCCUAACCGAAAGCCCAGAACGCCCUUCACGACCCAGCAGUUGUUGGCUCUCGAGAAGAAGUUCAGAGAGAGACAGUACUUGAGUGUCGCCGAGAGAGCCGAGUUCUCGUCGUCGUUACACCUCACGGAGACACAGGUGAAGAUCUGGUUUCAGAAUCGACGCGCCAAGGCGAAGCGUCUGCAAGAAGCGGAAAUCGAGAAGCUGAGAAUGUCAGCCGUGAGGCAGCAUCAUACGGCGCUCUACGGCUCGCAUCCGGGAAUCUUAACACCCGCGGGUCUUUAUCCCGUAGGAAUGCUGUCUCAUCCCGGUUUGACAUCUCAUCACGCGAUCACCCAGCAUCGCGCGAGGGAAUGAGAAUAGCGCGAUUCAAUCGGUGCCGGUUGGAAACAGCUGGAAGAAUCUGUCAUCGAAGUCAUAUCUCUUGAGAAAUAAUUACAAAUUUCAAAACUACGCGGAAAAAUUGCCGCAACGCGGGGAAAAAAAUUUUGUAUUGAUUGCUAAUGAAAUUGGCUU